AAGUUUGGAGAGAAUGUUGAGUUCAAUCAAUUCAGAACGUCGAGAUGGAGCCCAACUCACUCCAGUGGGUCGGCUCACCGUGUGGCUUGCACGGACCUUACAUUUUCUACAAGGCUUUUCAAUUCCACCUUGAAGGCAAACCAAGAAUUUUGUCCCUUGGCGACUUUUUCUUUGUAAGAUGUACGCCAAAGGAUCCGAUUUGCAUAGCGGAGCUCCAGCUGUUGUGGGAAGAGAGGACCAGCCGGCAACUUUUAUCCAGCUCUAAACUUUAUUUCCUCCCAGAAGACACUCCCCAGGGCAGAAAUAGCGACCAUGGCGAGGAUGAAGUCAUUGCUGUUUCCGAAAAGGUGAUUGUGAAGCUUGAAGACCUGGUCAAGUGGGUACAUUCUGAUUUCUCCAAGUGGAGAUGUGGCCUUCAAGCUGGGUCAGUGAAAAUGGAGUCCCUGGGAAGGCAUGGACAGAAGGAAGCUCUGCUGAAGUACCGCCAGUCAACCUUGAACAGUGGACUCAACUUCAAAGACGUUCUCAAGGAAAAGGCUGACCUUGGGGAGGCCGAGGAAGAAACGAACGUCAUAGUUCUCAGCUACCCUCAGUACUGCCGCUACCGCUCGAUGCUGAAACGCAUCCAGGAUACGCCGUCUUCCAUCCUCACGGACCAGUUUGCGUUGGCCCUGGGGGGCAUCGCAGUGGUCAGCAAGAACCCUCAGAUCCUGUACUGUCGGGACACCUUUGACCACCCAACUCUCAUAGAAAAUGAGAGCAUAUGCGAUGAGUUUGCGCCAAAUCUUAAAGGCAGACCACGCAAAAAGAAACCAUGCCCACAGAGAAGAGAUUCAUUCAGUGGUGGUAAAGAUUCCAACAACAAUUCUGAUGGCAAAUCCGUUGCCAAGGUGAAAUGUGAGGCCAGGUCAGCCUUGACCAAGCCGAAGAAUAACCAUAAUAACUGUAAAAAAGUCUCCAAUGAAGAAAAACCAAAGGUUGGAAUUGGUGAAGAGUGCAGGGCAGAUGAGCAGGCCUUCCUGGUGGCACUUUAUAAAUACAUGAAAGAAAGGAAGACACCAAUAGAACGAAUACCGUAUUUAGGUUUUAAACAGAUUAACCUUUGGACUAUGUUUCAAGCUGCUCAAAAACUGGGAGGAUAUGAAACAAUAACAGCCCGCCGUCAAUGGAAACAUAUUUAUGAUGAAUUAGGCGGUAAUCCUGGGAGCACCAGUGCCGCCACUUGUACCCGCAGACAUUAUGAAAGAUUAAUCCUGCCGUAUGAAAGGUUUAUUAAAGGAGAGGAAGAUAAGCCCCUGCCUCCAAUCAAACCUCGAAAACAGGAGAACAGUUCACAGGAAAACGAGAAUAAAACAAAAGUAUCAGGAGCCAAACGCAUCAAACAUGAAAUCUCUAAGAGCAAGAAAGAAAAAGAGAAUGCCCCGAAGCCCCAGGAUGCAUCAGAGGUUUCGUCACAGCAAGAGAAGGAACAAGAGACUUUACACCAGAAAAGCAUCGCUGAGCCUCUCCCAGUAGCAGACACAAAGAAAAAAGUGGAAGGGUACCAGGAUUUUGCAGCAAGGCCCCUGGUGUCCCGAGCAGACCCAGAAAAGGACAACGACACAGAUCAAGGUGCCAGCAACGAGGAGGCAGGAGAGGAGGGGCCUGCUCCUCCACUCGCGAGUGCCCCUCUGGCCCCUGAGAGGGAUCCAGCACCGACCCCCGGAGCUGGCAAACAGUCGCACUCCUCUCCCAGUGCUCUCCUGGACUCGAAACAAGAACCCAAGCCCUGCUGUUUUACAGAGAGCCCUGAAAAUGAACUCCAAGAAGCAUCCUUCCCCGGCUUCCCCACCACACAGCCACCACUGGCAAACCAGAGUGAAAUGGAGGAUGACAAACUCCCCGCAAUGGCGGAUUAUAUCGCCAACUGCACCGUGAAGGUGGACCAGCUGGGCAGUGACGACAUCCACAGUGCACUCAAGCAGACCCCGAAGGUCCUUGUGGUCCAGUCAUUUGACAUGUUCAAAGACAAAGACUUGACUGGGCCCAUGAAUGAGAACCAUGGACUUAACUACACCCCCCUGCUCUACUCAAGGGGCAACCCAGGCAUCAUGUCCCCGCUGGCCAAGAAAAAACUUUUGUCCCAAGUGAGCGGGGCCGGCCUCUCCAGCAGCUACCCCUAUGGCUCCCCACCCCCUUUGAUCAGCAAAAAGAAACUGAUUGUGAGGGACGACCGGUGUUCGGGUUUGUCCGAGGCCCAUCACGGCCAAAGCACCGACCACACGGCAGUCAGCCGGCCGUCAGUGAUUCAGCACGUCCAGAGUUUCAGAAGCAAGCCCUCAGAGGAGAGAAAGAGCCUCAGUGACAUUUUUAAGCACGACAAACUGAGUCGAUCGGAGCCCCACCGCUGCAGCUUCUCCAAGCAUCACCUUAGCCCCCUUGCCGACUCCUAUGUCCUAAAGCAAGACGUUCAGGAGGGCAAGGAGAAACUGCUAGAGAGAAGGGCUCUUCCCCACUCCCACAUGCCUAGCUGCCUGGCCGAUUUCUACUCAUCUCCUCAUCUCCACAGCCUCUACAGACACACUGAACACCAUCUGCAUAAUGAACAGACAUCCAAGUACCCUUGCCGGGACAUGUACAGGGAAUCGGAAAACAGUUCUUUUCCUUCCCACAAACACCAAGAGAAGCUCCACGUAAAUUAUCUGACGUCUCUACAUCUGCAAGACAAAAAGUCGGCUGCCGCGGAAGCCCUCACAGAGGAUCAGCCAACGGACCUGAGCCUUCCCAAGAACCCUCACAAACCCACCGGCAAGGCCCUGGGCCUGGCCCACUCGGCGCCCGGGCCUCAGGAGAGCAAGGGCGCCUCCCAGUUCCAGGUCAUAAACAGCCAGAGUCGAGACUGUCACCCCAAGGCCUGUCGGGUAUCGCCCAUGACCAUGUCGGCCCCUAAAAAAUACCCCGAAUCGCUUUCCAGAUCGGGAAAACCUCACCCUGUGAGACUGGAGAAUUUCAGGAAGAUGGAAGGCAUGGUCCACCCCGUCCUGCACCGGAAGAUGAGCCCUCAGAACAUUGGCGCGGCGCGGCCCAUAAAGCGCAGCCUGGAGGAUUUGGACCUCGUGAUCGCCGGGAAAAAGGCCCGGGCCGUGUCUCCUCUGGACCCCUCCAAGGAGGUCUCUGGAAAGGAGAAGGCCUCAGAGCAGGAGAGCGAAGGCAGCAAGGCCACGCACGGUGGGCACGCCGGGGCCGCCUCGGAAAGCCACAAGCUGCCCCUCUCCUCCCCUAUCUUCCCAGGUUUGUAUUCUGGGAGCCUGUGUAACUCGGGCCUCAACUCCAGGCUCCCGGCUGGGUAUUCUCAUUCUCUGCAGUACUUGAAAAACCAGACUGUGCUUUCUCCACUCAUGCAGCCCCUGGCUUUCCACUCACUUGUGAUGCAAAGAGGAAUUUUUACGUCGCCAACAAAUUCUCAGCAGCUAUAUAGACACUUGGCUGCCGCCACACCUGUAGGAAGUUCGUAUGGGGACCUUUUGCACAACAGCAUUUACCCUUUAGCUGCUCUAAAUCCUCAAGCCGCCUUCCCGUCUUCUCAGCUGUCGUCCGUACACCCUAGUACAAAACUGUAAGCCUGGCUCUGCCCAGCAUCCCAAAUGGCGUGGAUAACAGAGCUUCACUCCUUAGCCUCGGGGUGACGGCUUGUAGAAUUAGAAGUCAGUAUUCUUCUAAUCUGGGGUGAGAUCAGUCCCGGCCAAAAGGGGCCUAGAGGGGAGGUGAACAUACCUGAUAUUUCCGGGAUGACUCUAGCCCUGGCUGGUCAGUCUUGAGCCCCUGCCAACACAGAUGCCCUCACACCUCAGAUCGUUCACUUUGCACGGGAAUCUUGUGAAGGGAUUCAUGUGUAUCCAGGAAGAACUUAGAGGACCCCGUCUGAGUUCUGAUGGUCAGGAAACAAUCUGGGCAAAAAAGGGCAGAUAUUUCAGAGGAAGGGGCAAGGAAGACUGGCAAAUAUGCCAAGGGAUGCCCCUCUCCUCACAAAACUCUCCAAGGUUCAAUCAAUGCAAUGUAUAGUGAAACUUCAAUAGAUCUUUCAUUUUGACACUAUUAAACAAUCCAGAGAAGUAAACACUGUUAAACUGACUGUAUAUAUUUGCUUCUGAAAACUACCCGUUAUCACUGUUUGCUCACCUAAUUUAUAUACAGGUAGUCCUAUUUUCUCCCAGUUCCUUCUUGUCCCUUUUUUUUUUUUUU